AUGGCCAAUAUGGAGGGAACUAAACUAUGGGGAGGUCGUUUCGUUGGAGAUACCGAUCCAAUCAUGGAGAAGUUCAAUGCGUCCAUCACCUAUGACCAGAGGAUGUGGGACGCUGAUGUCCGCGGGAGCAAGGCGUAUGUCAAAGCUCUGGAGAAGGCCAACCUGGUCAGCACGGAGGAGAUGGAGCAGAUUCUGCAGGGAAUGGAUCAGAUUUCUGAGGAGUGGACUAAAGGUGUGUUCUUGAUCAAACCUGAGGAUGAAGACAUUCAUACAGCCAAUGAGCGCAGGCUUAAGGAGCUCAUUGGUGCUCCUGCAGGAAAGUUGCACACUGGCAGAAGCAGAAAUGAUCAGGUGGUGACAGACAUGAGACUGUGGCUGCGAGAUGCCCUCUCCAUCCUAACAGACAAUUCCCUGCAGCUGAUCUCCACCAUGGUGGAGCGGGCAGCAAUAGAAAUUGACGUCCUUUUUCCUGGUUACACCCACAUGCAGAGGGCUCAGCCAAUCAGAUGGAGCCACUGGAUUCUGAGUUAUGCUGUUGCUUUAAGCAGAGAUGUGGACCGACUUCUGGAGAUCAAGAAGAGAGCAAACAUUUUACCUCUCGGCAGUGGGGCUAUCGCCGGCACACCGUUUGACAUUGACAGAGAGCUUCUGCGGAGAGAGUUGGGGUUUGAUGGCAUCAGUCUUAACAGCAUGGACGCCACAGGCCAGAGAGACUUUGUUGCGGAGUUCUUGUUCUGGGCGUCUUUGUGUUUGACCCACCUGAGUAAGAUGGCGGAGGAUCUGAUGCUGUACAGCACAAAGGAGUACUCCUUCAUCACGCUCUCUGAUGCCUACAGCACAGGCAGUAGUUUGAUGCCCCAGAAGAAGAAUGCGGACAGCCUGGAGCUGAUCAGGAGUAAAGCAGGUCGCGUAUUUGGCAGAUGUGCGGGAUUCAUGAUGACUCUAAAAGGUUUACCCAGCACGUACAACAAGGACCUGCAGGAGGACAAAGAAGCCAUGUUUGACUGCUACGAUACUGUCCAUGCAGUGCUGCAGGUGGCAACAGGAGUCAUGUCGACUCUGAAGAUCAACCAGAAUGUGAUGGAAGCUGCCCUCAGUCCCGAUAUGUUGGCUACAGAUCUGGCCUACUACCUUGUGAGGAAGGGGGUGCCUUUUAGAGAAGCCCAUGGUCUCUCUGGGAAAGCUGUGUUUACAGCGGAGUCUAAAAACGUCUCCCUGAACCAACUCACUGAGGCAGAUCUUGUGGCUGUCAGCCCUCUGUUUGGAAGUGAUGUAUCUGCAGUGUGGGAUUACAGAAGCAGUGUGGAGCAGUACAGCGCCCCUGGUGGAACCGCCAAGAGUAGCGUCAUGACCCAGGUGGAACACCUGAGGAACUGGCUAAGAAUAAAGUCGCAGUGACUUUUUCUCAAUGCCACUGUCAGCUGUCAGACCUACUAAUCACUUUGGCAUAUUUAUCUCUGGAUACUAUUGUUAAUUAUAUUGGCUGUGUUUGAAUCCGGCGGCUGAGUCCUCCGAAGAACAGAUUCGUUGACCGAUUACAUCAUAGCGGCGCAGUGGCCCCUGUUUAAAUUCAAGAACUCCUUCAUAUGCAUCUGACAAAUUCAGCCUUCUUUUCACCUGCUUUUAAGGAAGGGUCUGGACUACCUUAUCCCAUGAUUCAUUGCGAGUCGAAGCAAGCAGGCCGCUGCUUGCAGUACGGACAUAUGCGAAUAGGUCCCUAUUAAAAUAAUAAAAAUAGUUCAUUUAAAUUGUUUGGAAGUCGGAUAUGUCACGGUAAUUUUUGGUUUAUUGAAAGCUUUUAACUGGAUUGCCUGACGUUUAAGCACAGAUUCCAAAAUUGUGCAGUGUGGGGAUUACAAAUUUGUAAUCUGUGUUGCUGCUGAAGCUCCUCAAAAAGGCGACAGAGUUUACGGUGAGUGACGGGCAGCGGCAGAUGGAGAAGGCCGGACCUGUUUGAAUCUAAAGUCGAAC